AUGGGGUUACAUCAAGGAUCUGCACUCAUCCCGUUCUUAUUUGCGCUGGUGAUGGACGCACUGAUACGACAUAUCCAGGGAGAGGUGCCAUGGUGUAUGUUAUUCGCCGAUGGCAUAAUUCUGAUUAAUAAGACGCGAGUCGGUGUUAACGAGAGGCUGGAGGUUUGGAGACAGUCCCUUGAGUCUAAGGGCUUCAAGUUGAUCAGGACUAAGACAGAAUACUUGGAGUACAAGUUCAGCGUCGAGUCGAGGGAAGCGGGUAUGUACGUGAGGAUUGGAUCACAAGUCAGCCCCAAGAGAGGCAGUUUCAAGUACCUUGGGUCGGUUAUCCAGGAGGACGGGGAGACCGACGAGGACAUCACACACCGUAUAGAGGUGGGAUGGAUGAAAUGGAGGUUAACAUCUGGAGUCCUGUAUAACAAGAAAGUGUCAUCGAUACUCAAAGGUUAG